AUGUCCCUCCAGACCACAUACUUGACCGACGGCAACUGGGAAAGCCGGCAAAUUAACAUUGGAGAAAUUAUGUCCAGCAAUAAAGUUACUUUGAAUGAUGACGCUUCGAGCAAGCCAAGUCGACGGAAGGUUCCACUCACCGGGUUGCUUUCUCGGACGGUGAUCCCUGGUCCUGUGAUCCAACGAGUAUUACCUGCCCGGCUCAGACAUCGUAAUAAAGACGACAUAGUCUUCGUAGGGGAUAAUUUUAUACAGAUCAAGGAACUCGUCGCCAGCGGAUAUCUGGAAGAAGUCACUACAAAGGCAGAUUUUGAUACCAAAAUCCUCGAUGCCAAAGUUAUUGGAGACCCCGGAAAUGUGAUCCCUGAACUACAAUUGAGAGAAGGGGUCGGAUUGGGUUCAUCUUCUAGUAUGCCCUCCGACGAUCACUGGCACCGACAGAUUCUCGUUCUAGUUCUGGCUUCUAGGGAACUACUUUUUCUUUAUGGAGCGGAAAGCUUGUCAGGUCGCCCGGAAUUCAUUCAUGUACGACGCCCUUUGCCAUCAGAUGUGAGCUCCCUUGAACAAUACGGCAGAUAUAUUGCGAUCGAUCCUAGAUCGAGAGCGAUGGCGGUUUCAGCAGCGCAUAAAUUUUUCGGAAUUUUCUCCCUGAAAUCCCCAUCUGUUAUUCGCUCAGAAAUGCAGGAAGGGCCGGUUAAUCCAAUUCAAGAGGAACGCUUCUUUCGUGCUGAUGGAGAUAUAGUAGCUAUGGAUUUCCUCUACCCAGCCUCUGGAGAUGAGGAUAGGAUAAUACUAAUGCUACUCGUAAACAAUCUUACGAAGACUAAUAUCAUCUGUUAUACCUGGAAAGCUGCCGAGGGUGUUGCAAAUGCCGAGGCCAAGAGGAUUAAAUCAAGGGUAUCACCGGAGUUCCGACUUCCUUCGCUAUUUAUCCCCUUGAAAUUUGCAACCUCAUGUCUGCUAGUUUCCCAAGCUGGAUAUUGCUUCUACGAAAUUAACGUAUUGGACAGUACAGUGUCAAUGAAAAAGAACAGUUCGGAUGAACGUGGAGAAGAUGACCUUUAUUUGUGUCGCCAGGAUGGUGAGCUGUCGUACCUAGAAAUUAAGAAGGUGACUGGGGACGCUUGGUGUCAUCUAAAAGACAUUCGCAUAAAAUCAAUUGGCUGCAAUGUCGACAGAGGCUUUGCCAUUCUUGACUCUGGGUUUAAAGCUGGAGGUGAUAUACUUGUGGCAGCAGGUUGUAUGGGUGACGGUGGCCUCUUCCUGUUGGAUGCCAGGACGGAUUCGAGAUGUCUCCAACGGAUCCCGAAUUGGGCUCCUGUUCUUGAUUCAGUUCUAAUAAAAAGUCACGAUUCGCAGGGAGCGGAAAACCAUCAAAAUGGACGCAAUGAUGUGGACUUUGCCUACGAUCGGAUCUUUACAUGUUCGUGGGAUGGCCUUUAUCGCGGGUCGAUUACGGAAUUGCGCCAUGGAAUCGAGGCCCGAGUCGGGCUAGUGAUUGUCCAGGAAGAUUUGUUAAGUAUUUUGGACUUAUGGGCCAUUCCAAACCGAAAAACAGGAGGGACAUAUUUCUUGUUUUCAAGCCCACUAUCAUCCUCAGUUAUUUCACUCCCCGUCGAUGCUGAAGAUGAAUUAUAUGCGAUGAACGAGGAGGAUACUGGCCUUGACCUCGACACUCAAACCAUUGCCGCAGGAAGCUCCCGGGAAGGGGUGGUCAUCCAAAUCACAGAUAUGUCGAUUCACUUAUCCGCUUUCGAGAAUUCGUCACUUCGCUACUCAACGCGAUGUCAAAACCCGACUGAACGAAUUAUCGCUGCUGCUGUUAGUGGAACCUUGUCACUCUUUGCCGCAGCAGUCAGGACAGCCUCAAAUAUCCAUGUUCAUCUUCGGAAGGUAGAAAUCAACGAUGGUAGCAUUCAAUGUCCCACUAUUGGGCAACCUCUACCGUUAUCUUGCGAGCCAGUUAACUUGACAAUCGAACUAGUGCUUUCGCACCCUGUCCUCUUAAUUGGGACCACUGAAGGAACACUCAUAGUUGCACGAAUCGACCCCGUUCAAGGGCUUGUGCCCUUAUUGGAGCAAACCAUUGUCCUAUCCCCCGAAAAUGAUAAGUCGGCAGUUUGCGAAAGCUUCACGGUUCUUUCCAUCCCUAUGCGUGAAAGCCCGAAAACAAAAUUGUUUUGUGGGCUUCGGAGUGGCACCAUGGUCUCAUUCGAUGUGCGGCUUGAUAGAGACUCUGGGAACAUUGCACUGAUUCAAACCAACACCUAUAGGCUGGGCAAUACGUCCGUUCGGAUUCGAAGAUAUGAAUCAGACACCACUUUCGCUAUUGUAACGUGUGGGCGCGGUUUAUGGCGCCUAUCUAUCAUUGAAGACGAAGAAUCUGAUGAGUGUGUUCUUCAUAGGAUAUGGGUCACAGACCAAAAUAAUCCUGCCCGCAUUCAAUCUACCAUCGACGUGUUUACUUGCAUCGACUCUGGGUCAGAUUUGAAUUCGGGAGCACUUGGUGGUUCGUUGGUAUGCAUCACGAGAAAUCAGCUACUCUGCUGCAUCUUAGAAAAGACGCCCAAAACUGUUCCCCGACAUAUUGCUAUUCCGGGAAGCCCAAAACGACUAAUAUACUCGGAAUAUUUGAAAAAAAUAGUUGUUGCGUAUAAUUUUGUAGAAUUGAAAGAGAAUGCAGAGUGUACGAACCGCUGGAGACGCCCGCGUGUGGACUUCAUCGACCCGGACGACGAAAAUGCUGCAUCGUCUUCUACGACUAUAAUUGGUGAACCGGCGGGCUCACCAGAGGUUGAACCCGGGCCAUGGAGACCGACUGGUGGAUCCGGCGAAGAAGUCACUGCAAUAUUAGAUUGGAGUGUCUCGAGCGGUGAUAACGUGCAUCAUAUGGUCGUUGUCACCACAGUUCAACCGCACUCUGCCCACCGAGGCCGGGUGAUAUAUAUAAUCGCCCGCCCAAGCACUCGAGUUCCGGGCCAAAUAGACUCAACAGUGAAACACUCUUUCAAAUACGAAGACCCUAUCAGAUCGAUAGCACCCUUCAAACCCAGCUCGUUGGUUCUAGCAGUUGGCGCGCAGGUUAUUUUCCAAACUUUAGACCCAGUUGCAAAGAAAUGGCGGAAAUGGCCCGGCUACCACCUGGAGUCUGAUGCUGUCGCUGUCACCGUGCGGGAACCCUACAUAUACGUCCUAACCCUAAAAAAUUCUCUCUGUAUUCUUCAGGCCACCGACUCAGGCCUUACUCUGUACGGCCAGGACGGAUCUGACAGGGAAGGGCUCGACCUCGUCAACCUACAAGAUCACUCCCGGAUAACUAUGACAUCAAACCUAGGUGGCGCCAUUGUCGGCCUUACAGAAGUGGGACUCUCUCCCGAAGAUAAACUCCUCCAAAAGGCUUUCACAGCCCACAUGCCACUAUCCGCCAUUCGGCUAUCCAGAAGUUCCCGACCAGUCGCAACGGCACUGUGCUCAUGCUCUGAGGUGACGUACGGCACCUCGAUUGAUGGCACGGUAUAUAGAUUCAUGACCUUGACCGAGCCUCAGUGGCGUCUACUACGAUUUAUCCAGAAUGUGUGCAUGAAGGAUCCAUCCAUAUGUUCGCUGGCAAGGCGCAGGCGGAGAAACUCCGUUGACACGUGGGAGGUGACGGUUUCCAAGCCCGAGUCAUUACACGUUAAUGGGGAUAUACUGGGUAAUCUGGUUGCAGGAGGUAUUAGGCAAUUGAGACGUGUGAUGGGAGCAGAAGAGGCAGAGAACUGCAUGGCCGAAAGCUCUGAUGGUGGUCGUGGUGGAGACAAAGUAGGUAGGUUUCUAGAGUAUGCGGCUGCGAUUGUUCCUGGGAGUGAGGAUCCGUUUGCUGCUGUUAUGUCUUGGAUGCGCUCUAUGGUGCAAAUUUCCCUGUGA